ACAAAGGUCGUAGCAAAUGUACCUAUAUGUUUGAGAGUCGGAUUCUCGCGAUGACGCUACGUAUAUUCUUAUCCCGUGUAAAGCGCGCCAAAAUCCCUGUGGUGCCAGUAAAGCCUGGUCAAUCUCAGCAUUUACCCGGUCUUUCCGUAUGAGUUUUGUCUGUCUCCGAAGAACUUUAUCAGUUUCUAGUGUAUUUGUGCGAUUUCUGACUCCUUUACUAAGCACUAUGCGACCGAAGGGAAAGGGAGGUAAAAAGUCUGAGAAAAGGCCUUCUGAAUCAGAGGAUGUUGAGCCUAAACCAAAGCGCAAGAAGAAAGAAACAGCAGAGCCAUCAAUUAACUCUGAUGUCACAGAAGCAGAGCUUGACACCUCUCAAGAUGUGACUUCUAGAGAUGGAAAGAAAAGUAACUUCAAGAUAACCUCUCGGAAUGUUAAAGGCCUAAGAGCUUGGCUGGGAGGUAAAAAGUCUGAGAAAAGGCCUUCUGAAUCAGAGGAUAUUGAGCCUAAACCAAAGCGCAAGAAGAAAGAAACAGCAGAGCCAUCAAUUAACUCUGAUAUCGCAGAAGCAGAGCUUGACACCUCUCAAGAUGUGACUUCUAGAGAUGGAAAGAAAAGUAACUUCAAGAUAACCUCUUGGAAUGUCAACGGCCUAAGAGCUUGGCUGAAAAACAAUUCCAAAUCAUUUGUGAGCAAAGAGGACCCUGAUGUGUUUUGUAUCCAAGAGACCAAAUGUGCCUUGGCUGACAUCCCCAAGGAAGCCAAGCUAGCAGGCUAUCACUGCUAUUGGAAUUCUGCUGAACAGAAGGGAUACUCGGGGGUGGGACUUUGCAGCAAGAAAGAACCAAUAAAAGUAUCAUAUGGAAUGGGUAAUAAAGAGCAUGAUAAAGAAGGCCGUGUUAUCACAGCUGAGUAUGAAGACUUUCAUCUUGUGACUUCAUAUGUACCCAACUCUGGCAGAGGCCUGCCAAGAUUGGGAUAUCGUCAGCAAUGGAAUAAAGAUUUUCUAUCCUACCUUAAAAAGCUAGAUGAAAUCAAACCUGUCAUCUUAUGUGGGGACUUAAAUGUGGCUCAUAAGGAUAUUGAUCUUGCUAAUCCUAAGACAAACACUCGCACAGCUGGGUUCACAAAAGAGGAGCGAGCAGACUUCACCACGCUACUUGGAGAGGGAUUCAAAGACACCUUCCGUGAGCUGUACCCGGACAAAAAGAGUGCUUACACAUUCUGGUCAUACAUGGGAGGGGCAAGGGCAAAGAAUGUAGGCUGGAGAUUGGACUAUUUUGUUGUGUCAGACCGACUCGUGCCAAAAGUGUGCGAUAGCAUCAUACGGUCACGUGUCAUGGGAAGUGAUCACUGCCCUCUGUCAUUACUGCUGUCAAUCUGACAUGAUUGCUGUCAAUCAUUAACCACAUGGUGUGGUCACAUGAUGACACCUCUUAAAGUCUGUAGACAUCAUCAGGGACCCAUGGUGACGCAGAGACCACAAGAAGGAAUAUGCGCAGACUAUUCUUUUGCGCAUGCUUGUUUUUGUUGUGGAUAUUCAAAACUUUCCCUGCGCAGCUUUCCCAGUACAAUUUAAUAAACAUAACUGAGCUGUUUUUAAUAAAAAUUACUGUGAUUCAA